AUGGCCCCUAUCUCGUGCAUUUUACCUCUUAUCUGUUUUGCAUUCUGUGUGGUGCAAAAUGCUGAAACUGCACAGGAAUUUGAAGAGCAGAAACUCAAUUAUGACUCGCUGUCAUGGCUCGAGAAAUUACAGGACAACCAGGAAUUUAUACUGGAGCAGAACUUAGCACGACUGCUUUACAAACUCUUCCAGUCACACAACAGAAUUAUCAUCCAGGGGUCAAAAGAGAAUGCUAAGCGGAAGAUUCAAAGUGACACUGGACUGGAUACAGAAAUGGCUUCCCGGAUUCGCAAAGCAGGCUGUCGGGUUUUCUUCUGGAAGUCCUGGACUGCUUGUUAACUUCAUGAUGAAUUAAAUGU